GCUUUUUUCAGUCAUCCAGCGAGGGAGGAAGAAGUUAGAAGAAGUAUCAAUCGGAUUCGGCCAUGGCUACAGUUCCAGAAUCGAUGUCGGAGGAGAAGCCAACGGUUUCACUCACUGAGCAAUCCCCGACCUUCAAUCCCCAAAUUCUAGAGCAGUCCGCUACGCCAUGGGUGGACUAUGCAAUCGAGCAAGGUCGGCUUUACCAGAAGACCGUAGAGGAGACCUUCGAUUCCGCCAUUGAAGCAUCGAGGUCCCGCCUUUCCCAGAUUAUAUCCACUUCCUCUGCUCAUUUUGAUCAAACGCUGGACUCUUUACAAGAUGUCAAAUCCGAGUGUGGUGCUUAUGAGGAUAUAAUAUUCGGGAAGAUUAAAGAGGGUAUUAUUGUUGCAGCUUCAAAUCCACUGCUUACAGGCGGAGUUGCUACUGGUUUGGGUGUUCUUGUACUGAAAAAACCACGGCGCUUUUUGUACUACAAGACCCUGCGCUUGUUUCUUAGCGAAGAGACAUUAAUUUCCAGGGCUGAAGGAAAAGUAAAGGCAUUGCGACAAUCACUGGAUGUUAUAAAGACUGAAAGUGAGAAAUUGGAGAAGGGGGCAAAACAAGCAGAAGAGGAACUGAAGCGAGGAAGGACAAAGCUUAGACAAGCGGGGAAGCAAAUCCAAGGCGUGAUUAGUUCAGCUUAUAAGAUUGAAAGACAGGCUGGUGGCUUGAAAGAUAUCCUAGGCGAACUUCCUAGAAGAGAAGCAUCUCAAUUCCGGUCUCAAGUUUCGAGUCUCGCUUCUGAGGCUAAACGAGAAAGAAAUGCAUUGACGAAGGAGGUCACAAAGAUUAGCAACUAUGGGAUCUCUGUCUGAGAAUGAUCUAAUUAUCAGCCCUAUAACCGUUGGAGUCUUAUAAUCAUAAUGGUUUCAUUUUUAUAUUAAAUUUCAGAAAUAAUUGCCGUGAAACAAUUCUCCAUAUUUUGUGUAAGAGAAGGCAUUUUUGCUUCUGAAAAGAAAAACAUUCUUUUUUCCUUGAAAAUGUAUACAUCUUAUUCAAUACAAGUUUGCAGGAUUUUUGUU